AUCAGUUCUUUCCCCUACUGGUUUUUGGACGUUACUACAAGGCCCGAAUGAGAACGUGGUCUAUAGAGUAGUCAUAGUGACUGCUGGGCAUGGUAGCAUCUCCUCUCAAACGAAAGACGUUCUCGGCCUCGGUCUAGACCUUGGGCCGGAGAUAUUCGAAUAUGUGCAAGAUUGUGUUGAUAACCCCUUAUUUGGAAUGCAGUCUGGGGAUAUCCGAUCUUGGUUCAAAGUCUUGCCGGCAUUACGCAUAGGAGAGAACAUCUUGUACAUUUCUGAGGCUGCACCUGGGAGAGCAGCUAAAACUGGUAUCCGCAACCGCCCAAAUCUAAGCACUUAGGAUAGCUGACUAGUAAUUUAGCGAUACUCUUUUUAGGAACCAACUGGAGAUCUCCUCAUCUGGUAGCCAGAACAUCUAUCAGCUCCUCGAUGUUUCCAUCCAUAAGACCAUCCCAAAUUGCGGAAGGAUUGCGUAAUGCAGACGAACACCCUGACUCCUGUUGCCACAACACAUGGCUGAUCCAGCGCUUCAUCACAUCAGGAAUUGGCGCCGAUAAUUUCUUCGGCCCCAGCAAUUUUCUCUACGUCUGCUUAGCGGCGCUACUUGAACUCCAUCUAUCUACAGCGCCUUUGGAUGUACCUUACAUUGCCAAGUAUCAAUUCCAAUCUCAGAUGCGAAGUGCAUAUUACAAGAGUCGCACAACUGGAGUCAAAGAUGAUCGAGGGGCCUAUGAAUCUCCGAGUAGAAUAUGGAUUCGAGUGAGGAUGGAACUCGAUGAGCAACGUACUACACUGCGCUGGAUGAUACAAUUCUUCCGGGAACACUUCAACCACCUUGACGAAGAUCUUCAAGCAGCCCUCAACGAUAUCAUGGAACGUUUCAAAUUUCGAGUACAAGACCUUGAACAGUGUGAAUCCCAACUAAGAGAUCACAUAGCAGCGGAAGGCACAAGUAAGAGUAUUCACAUGGCAGAGAUGAGCAUUCGUGAGAGCAAAAGAGUUAUGCUACUGACGGCUUUGGCAUUCAUCUUCUUACCAGUCUCCCUCGCAUCUUCAGUGUACGGAAUGAAUGUGCAGCAAGUCAACGGUACUGGUCAUUCUAUCAGAGUCUUUGUGAUCACGGCUGUUGCAAUGUGUGCAUCUUCUGUAUUUCUGUGGGCUGCUUCCGCUGCUUUUCAAUCUUACCGAGCUCGUCUGAUAUCCGAAGAACAGUUGAACAGAAACGCGAAAUUCCCAUGGUAUAAAGAAAUGAUCAUGCACGGGCCGCUUGGACGUGAACAGCGGUUAUGGUACAAUAUCAAGUUGAUAUUCUGCGGCUAUUCUGGAUCUAGAUUCGACUGAGUUUUAGAAGAAUGCGAACUUUCCAUUGAUACCAAUGGAAUCAUA